CCCCACCCCUACCCAAGAGUUUAGGAAUCUAAUGUCAUGUUUCACUUCCUUGUUUUUUUAUAGUUCUUAGCAAGCAUGUUUGUGAAUACAUUUCUGCCUGCUAGAGCCUGUUGGUAUCUAUAAGAGCGCAGAUGAUCCUGGUUCCAGUCACAUUUUACUACCUAUUUCAUGCAUUUUACUUCCAGUCCCAAAAAAUCACUGGGUGAGGGUUGGGGGGUUUUUUCUUCAGGCUAUAUGGCUGCAUUGAGAAGUUGUUUUUCGAAGAAACAACUUAAAAGACAACAGAAAGAAAAAUGGUCAUUCAGAGUGGGCAAGCAAGUGCUGUUAUAUGGUGAAAAAAACUGUGGGAAAACAACUGUCAUUAAGCAGCUUAAUUACUGGAACUACGGUGUUGUGUACGAUGACUACAAGGAAGUCAUUAAGGAAAUUAACAGCAUCGUAAGGAAUGCAGUGUUGUGUAUUAUAUCCAAGCUGAGUCAAGAAGAUCCACUAGUUGAAAUGACUGAGCCAGAAACACAGUGCCAUGUGGAGUACAUUGAAUCCCGCAAAGAUCAGUGGAGUACUUUGUCCGCUGAUUUUUUUGAACAUGCUAAACCUCUUUGGCAGGACGAAGGUGUGAAGGAGUGGUUUAUGCAGUCACCUGAAUAUGGAGCUAUGAGUUUUGCAAAGUACUUUCUGGACAGACUGGACAUAAUAAAGCAAACAGACUAUGUUCCAACAGUGCAGGAUUAUUUUUGGUGUAAAUCAAAAUUCGCAAGCAGACCAGACCCAGACUUUAUGAUCAGAGAAUGGCCGUAUACAUGCUCCGUAACAAAACUUCUACUCCAUGCUAUUCUUGAUUCACACAUGUUCAUUGUCGUAAUUGACUGCAGCAGGUUUGAUGAAUAUAAUGACAAUUAUUCGAAGCUUAAGGAUCUAAUUUCCAUGCUGAAAUCCAUUAACAACGCAGCAACAAGGUAA